AGUCUUUCGCCUUGCUCUGUACCCUACCACAUCGUCCGAGGUUCCUUCUGUUAUCCUCCCCGUUCAAUACCCUCUGUGCGAUGUCAGGUCCCAGGAAUAACCUGGACGACCUGCGUCGCAGGCAAGCUGUCGGCACCCCGGCGUCGAGCCCGAAACCGGAAUCAUCGACUCAGCAGAAGUUCUCCAGGUUCAAGCCGUCGAAGUCGUUUAGCACCUCUGAUCAUGUAGCAGUUCGCACACCGCCCGGCGGUCUACCCUCCUUUGCGACACCUGGGUUUGGGAAGAAGAAACCCGCACCACUGCGAACGAAUAUGGCCGCAGACAACAGCAUCCCCAUCAUCGACGUCUCUUCCGACGAAUCCUUCUCAGCCAAGCCACCGACAGCCCAUGUCCCGAACAAACGGUUAUCAGUCGAAUCCUCAUCUGAUGCUGAGAAUGUACUGCCUCCAAAGCGCGUCAAGGUGGAGUCGCAUCAGAAGGAGAAUGAGCGGCCCUCUGUAAGGGACAAGGGAAAGGCGAGAGAGGUUCCCUCUCGCAUCACUAAUUCACAUGGAGAUGGAAACCGUGAGUCCUCUCCAGCCAGAUCAAUCCCACAUGCAACCGUCUUGCCUGCUACCGGAUUCGCCCGUACGACCUCGACGCCAUUCUUGCCAAUAGAUCAUUCGGACUUGUUCUCGGUGCGUACUUUCCAACAUUAUAUGCAGUGGUGUUCCAGUCGUUACAUGACCAUCUGACACACAAGCGCUACACAUUAAAUUGCAUCAGAAAGCCUGAUUCAUUGUUCAUCCACCGGUUCAUCUGCCCUUCCAC